GAUACACACGCACAGUUGGAUUCAACCAAGGUUCACUACAUUGGCAUUUAAUUUUUGGAGCUGUUUCUGAUUUUAUUUACAUCUUUAUGUGGAAUAAGUUGGAGUCUAAUCAUUAUUUAAGUACUGCUUUUAUUUUUUUCUGUAUUUAAAGGCAAUGCUAAUGUUUUAACUGCAUCAUGUUACAGUAUCUUAGAUCAUCAAAUAUACUUUUGGGAAUAAAAGCUGUCUCGAUUUUGAUGAUGGUCCACUGUAUUUAAUAUUUGUCAUUAUGGUGAAAGUGUCGGGAAAAUCUUUAUUGUACUUAAGUUUAGGUUUGUAUUUAUUUUGUCAUAUUAUUUGAUGUAUUUUUCAUUUAAACGUGAAGUAAUAAUUUCCUCACUCAUGAAUCCAUUUUUUUUUUUUUUUACAGCACCAUCUUUUAUUUUUAGUCAGGCAGAUCUCCACGUGCCCCGGUGCUUGUAAGCAACGUCGGCCGCGCCCAUGUCACGUGACCGACUAGCGCCCAGCCAAUCGGACAGAGGCUGCUUCACUGCUAGUGACAACUGCCCCUCCCCCUCUCGACCAGCAGGUGAUGAUGCGAGUGGAGUUCUUGCAAGUGGACCAGAACCAGGCGGACUAGAGGCCGCCGUCCGGAUACGAGCUCGGGAUUCUGAAGUUGUCUCAUUCCGGAUCGCACCAUGGCGCCGUCUAUCUCUCGACUGUGCCGCAGCGUGGCUCUCUCGGCGUGGCUCGUCUCCUCCCUGUGCUCCGUACACCUGUUGUGCUUGGACUUCACCGUGGCGGAGAAGGAGGAGUGGUACACGGCCUUCGUCAACAUCACCUACCUGGACCCGCUGACCGCGAGGCCGCGGAGCGACAAGAGCGAAUGCGGCCGCUACGGCGAGCACUCGCCCAAGAGGGAAGCCCGGGGGCUGGUCCUGGCGCCGUCGCUGCCUCAGGAGCGACAGAUGUGCGAACCGGCCGCUCGCUUUCCGCCGGCGUCGCGCUCCGCCGCCGCGUGGGUGGCGCUGGUGGCCGCGGGGAACUGCACUUACCGCGACAAGAUCCGGAACGCGGCCGACCGCAACGCCUCGGCUGUGGUCGUGUACAAUGUGGGCUCCAGUGGUACCAACGACACCAUCACCAUGCCCCACUCUGGUACAGGCGACAUAGUGGCCAUCAUGAUCCCGGAGCAUAAAGGUCGGGAGAUCAUGGCACUGCUGGAGCAGAACGUCGCGGUCACAUUGCACAUCACUGUAGGGACGCGCAACCUGCAGAAGUAUGUGAGCAGAACCUCGGUCGUGUUUGUCUCCAUCUCCUUCAUCAUUCUCAUGAUAAUCUCCCUCGCCUGGCUUGUCUUCUACUAUAUCCAGAGAUUCCGCUAUGCUAAUGCCCGAGACCGAAACCAGAGACGCUUGGGGGACGCUGCCAAAAAAGCCAUCAGCAAGCUUCCAGUACGCACCAUUAAGAAAGGAGACAAGGAGACCGAGCGUGACUUUGACAGCUGUGCCGUAUGCAUCGAGGCCUACAAGCCUCAUGAUAUUGUCAGGGUGUUACCGUGCAGGCAUGUGUUCCACAAGCACUGCGUGGACCCCUGGCUGUACGAUCACCAGACGUGUCCCAUGUGUAAAUUGAAUAUACUCAAGGCCUUGGGAAUCUCGCUCAAUACAGACUGCUCCGACGAGUCGCCGCCCGACUACGAGAUGUCACUGGGGGGUCCGUCCGCUGACCCCGUUAUCAGCGGGGCCAGCGAAAUCACCGUCAACGAGAGCUCCACCGCGCUGGAGCUGGCCGAGAGGCCGACGGAUCCACCCCGUGUCAGUCCCAACGUGGAGUUGGCGCCGCAGGCGGAGGAGAACUACAUCAUUUCCAGCAGUGAGCACCAGCUGCCACUCAGCAGUGAUUCUGACACUUCACUCAACUUGGUCAGCGGGUCGCAAGUGGACCAUGCCGGAUCCAGAAUCGGGACGGGACAGAGUAAAAGCAGGAGUAUUCGGCAAAAGGGUGACGAGCGGGACCCAAGCCUAAGCACAUGAUUCUGAGGCCCAGUUUUGUCCCGUCAAGACGCUCCAAAAAUAUCACGCUCUCCCUGCAUCAAUGGAUUUCGUCCAUGUCGAGACAUCCAGAUGUCACCCACACUUUUUGCCACACCUGCUGGGUAUGUGGUUGUUUCAACGCGAGAAAGGGUUAACACCCGCUUUUUUUUCUUGCCGUCAUCGCACAACGAGCGGUAGGCUACGCCAUCAAUACUCACACUCGUCAUCGCACCCGCGAGGCGUACGGUUGUUUCAGCACUCGCACGCUUCCGGGUGAAAGGUUUGCAGUAAAGACUGUGGCGAUUGUUCCCUUUCCGAGCCACCAAAAGGACGAGAACCGACUCUUCGCUCCAGUAUGAAGCUUUUAAUUGUUUUCUUUAAGAUCAUUGCCCGUUUUUUUUUUUUUUAAUAUUUGGAUUGUUUCCCCAUCUCGCUUACGCAUGCCGACUCAUCGUACAGACGAUUGUCAUUUUUGCACAAGUGAUGUCACCCUUGAGGGUCACGAGGAGAGACGCUCACUCACCACU